CCCUGCCCCUCGUUGACUGCCAGCAUUGCUCCCGUGUUAUCAGCAUUCCAACUUCAUGGGAAGGGCUGUGGUAAAUUUCUGGAAGGAAGUUGCUUUUCUAAAUAGCCUGACAUUGAGGGGAGGCAGAGAGACUAUAAGAAGUCUGGGCUGGGUGGACGGCAGAAAGCCAGCCGAGUGUCAGAGGAGAUGGCUGGCCGCCUGAAAACCAUCGGGAGCUGGAGAGUUCAGAGCGUGGUCUUCGGAACUGCCCAACUUCUUUACUUCGGUGCCCUCAUCUCUGAGCUCAUGAACCAGCAAGAAGUGGCUGCAUGGACCUAUAAUUACAGCAGCCAUGCCUACACAUGGAACGUCUCCCGGAGUUUCUGCCAGAAGUACUUCACAGACUUAGUGGCCAUCCAGAAUAAAAACGAAAUCGCCUACCUCAAUGACGUCAUACCUUACUAUCGCUCUUACUACUGGAUUGGGAUCCGAAAGAUCAAUAAUAAUUGGACCUGGGUGGGAACCAAAAAGACUCUCACUGAGGAAGCUGAGAACUGGGCCGAAAACGAGCCGAACAACAAAAAGAACAACCAGGACUGCGUGGAAAUCUACAUCAAGAGUGUGUCGGCCCCCGGCAAGUGGAACGAUGAACCCUGCGGGAGAAGGAAACGGGCACUGUGCUACACAGCCUCGUGCCAGGACACGUCCUGUAGCCAACAAGGAGCGUGCGUGGAGACCAUCGGCAACUACACCUGCUCCUGCUACCCUGGGUUCUAUGGGCCAGAGUGUGAAUCCGUCAGAGAGUGUGGAGAACCUGAUGCCCCUCCACACGUGCUCAUGGACUGCCAACACCCUCUGGGGAGCUUCGCUUUCAAGUCCCAGUGCAGCUUCCACUGUGCCGCAGGCUACACACUGACCGGGCCCCGCCAGCUGGAAUGUCUGGCUUCUGGAAGCUGGAGCAGUCCACCCCCACAGUGUGUCGCCACCCAGUGCCCUGCGCUGAAGCCUCCGGAGCGGGGAAGCAUGACCUGUCAGCACCUUGCAGAAAGCCCCCGACACCAGGACAGCUGCAGCUUCAGCUGUGAGGAGGGGUCUGCCCUGGUUGGGUCCGCGGUGCUGCAGUGCACGGCUGCAGGCAUGUGGACAGCCCCUGCCCCAGUGUGCAAAGCCAUUGCGUGUGAGCCACUGGAGAGUCCGGUCCACGGAAGCGUGGCUUGCCCCCCGUCCCCGAGAGCUUUUCAGUACAACGCCAACUGCAGCUUCCGCUGUGCUGAGGGGUUCGUGCUGAGAGGAGCUGACACAGUCCGCUGUGCUGACGGGGGACAGUGGACAGCACCAGCCCCGGUCUGUCAAGCGUUGCCGUGCCAGGAUCUCACGGCUCCAAACAAGGCCCAGGUGAGCUGCUCCCACCCCCUGGGCACCUUUAGGUACCAGUCCACCUGUCGUUUCACUUGUGACGAAGGCUUACUCCUGGUGGGAGCGAGGGAGCUGCGAUGCUUGGCGACCGGGAACUGGAGUGCUCCUUCUCCAGAAUGCCAAGCCAUUACCUGCACACCUCUGCUAAGCCCUCAGAAUGGAACGAUGACCUGUGUCCACCCUCUGGGAGAUUCCAGUUAUAAGUCUACCUGCCAAUUCACCUGUAAUGAGGGAUUCUCUUUAUCUGGACCAGAAAAACUGGACUGUACUUCAUCUGGACGCUGGACGGGUUCCCCACCAAUGUGUGAAGCCAUCAGGUGCCCAGAAUUAUUUGCCCCAGAGUGGGGCAGCCUGGAUUGUUCUGACGUUCAUGGAGAAUUCCACGUGGGCUCCACCUGCCAUUUCUCGUGUCAGAAGGGCUUUAAGCUGGAGGGGUCCAACAAUGUCAAAUGCACAGCUUCUGGAAGAUGGACAGCACCUCCUCCAACCUGUGAGGGUGUAGCACCAGCUCCUCCGGCAGAGGUGCGAUGCCCAGCUCUUGUCACUCCGGGCCAGGGAACGAUGUCCUGUAGGCAUCGCCUGGGGACCUUCGGUUUGAAUACCACGUGUUACUUUGGAUGCAAAGCCGGGUUCACGCUCCUGGGAGACAGUGCCCUCAGCUGCCGGCCGUCAGGACAAUGGACAGCAGCCACGCCGGCCUGCGGCGCUGUCAAAUGCUCGGAGCUGCACAUCACUGAGCCAAUAGGAGUGAACUGCUCCAACCCUUGGGGAAAUUUCAGCUAUGGAUCAACCUGCACCUUCCAUUGUCCAGAGGGUCAACUACUGAAUGGCUCGGUGAGAACAGCAUGCCAAGAGAAUGGCCAGUGGUCAACUACUAUGCCAACCUGCCAAGCAGGGCCGCUGACCAUCCAGGAAGCCCUGACUUACUUUGGGGGAGCAGUGGCCUCUACAACAGGUUUGGUGAUGGGUGGUACAAUCCUGGCGCUGCUGAGAAAGCGCUGCAGACAAAAAGAUGAUGGGAAAAGCCCCUUGAACCCUCACAGCCACCUGGGAACUUACGGAGUUUUUACAAAUGCUGCAUUUGAACCAAACCCUUAAGAGAGCUGUCCUCCUGAUCACCGCACUCAACCUCAGGAUUCUAUUGUUGGACAUCAGGCUUCCUGUUAGACUUGACGUUAACUGGAGUGUAUCGACUGCAGUUUUCUGUAAAUACUUGUGAAUAAAAGACCUGGAAUUUCCUUUAGAUUAGCUCUGGAGCAGAGCAGGAUUAUACCACAGUCUGAGUGCAGACUCCCCACUCACCACCCCUUCCUGCUCCACCUCUCCUCUUCCUCCAACACCACUUCAGCACUAAAUGUUUCUGCGGUGGUCUGUGGGCUCUGGCCCGGCUGUCACUUGAAAUCCUAAUUAGCCAGAGACUGGAAUGAAUGUCUGACUCACCAGGAGCCCAGACUGUGGAGGAAUAAAAAUGCCUCUUGUUUCGAACUGGGGGAAGGCAUCCUCUCCUUUGUAGAAAGGCACGCGGUGUCUCUGACGUGACGGAAUUUCUGUAAGAUCUCCGGGGUCUCCAGGGCUACCGUGUGUGACGCCUGUGAGCCCUCUGCUGUGGAAGCUUCCAGAGAGGCCUCUGGAUGGCACCAGAGGCUGCAGAAGACCGAGAAUCAAGACAGGAAGGCACAUGAUGUCAUUGUGGACACUUUCUCCACUGGUCACUCUCUCCCAAAAUUCAAUAUUCAAAUGAGUAAUAAAACGGACUCCCUCCAAAUGGCAUAUUCCAUUA